UCUUGGGUGGUUUGAGGCAUCACCACAAGCACUCUGUUUGGGUGAAACCUAAAGAACACAAUUUAUAAGAGACAUCAAAAAGCAAGGACAUUAUCAAGGACAUAUUCUUGGAACUUUUUAUUGUUUUCGUUCUCACAUUCAGGGAAAUGACCAGUUCAGGUUUCUCAUCUCCAGAUCAAAGUGAUGAUGAAGAUAGUGAUAGUUCUCAGAAAGGUUCUCUUGAAAGGUCGGCUAGUCUGUCACGCUUACGUGCUGGAAUGAAGACAGAGAGUGCACGGCGAAGAAGUCAGAAAAUGAGGGGAGAGGUUCACAGUCAUUUAGAAGAGAGCAUUCGUCCAUACAUUGAUCUGAUUGACACUCUGCGGUCAGUUGGCAUUCAUAAGGACUUGGCGUUACCAACUAUUGUAGUGAUCGGAGACCAGAGUUCUGGAAAAAGCUCUGUGUUGGAAGCGCUGUCUGGAGUUGCGUUACCAAGAGGGAGUGGAAUUGUGACCAGAUGUCCAUUAGAGCUGAGGCUGAAGAAGGUACCAGGAGUCAACUGGAAGGCUGUUUUAACUUACGAUAAGAAAACAGAUGAAUCCGUGAAUCGUUUUGCAGGUCCUAUUAAACCCAGCAAACUGGUGAGUGGAAAGAUAGCACAGUCAGCUCCCAAUGAGAAGAAAAUUGAAUUUGCAGAUCCUUCAUUAGUUGAAGAACAUGUUGCAGCAGCCCAGAAUGAGCUGGCAGGAAAAGGGGGAGGAAUAUGUGAUGAGCUCAUCACUUUAGAGAUCAUGUCACCAGAUGUGUGUGACCUCACACUGAUCGAUCUGCCUGGAAUUGCCCGAGUCCCAGUAGAAGGACAACCGGAGGAUAUUGGAAAACAGAUAAAACGUCUGAUCAUGAAAUAUAUUAAGAAACGUGAGACUAUAAACCUGGUAGUCGUCCCUUGUAACAUUGACAUUGCAACAACAGAAGCCUUAAAAAUGGCACAAGAAGUAGAUCCUGAGGGCAAAAGAACUGUGGCCAUUUUGACCAAGCCAGACCUCAUAGACAAGGGAACAGAGAAGAGCAUUCUGGCUAUUGUCCACAACAAAGUGAUUCCUCUCCGCAAAGGUUACAUCAUGGUGAAGUGUAGAGGACAACAGCAGAUCAAUGAUGAAAUUCCUCUAGAGGCGGCAGCACAAAUGGAGAGCGAUUUCUUCCAAAACCAUGACUAUUUCAGAUGCCUCUUGGAAGAGGAUAAAGUGACUAUUAAAUGUCUUGCCAUCAAACUGACUCAGGAUCUUGUUGAUCAUAUAAAAAAUUCACUGUCACCGCUCCAGCAGCAGAUACAAAAACAGCUGUGCAGUGUGAGGAGAGCACUUCAUGACUGUGAGGCUGGACCUCCAGAAGACCUUGAGGGAGCUAAGGAAUUCCUCAUUGAAGUAGGACCUCAAGACAUCAAGUCUUCUUACAGUACUUCUGAGAAUUAUAAUUAGGGUCCA